GUGGCAGGUGGACUCCCGACAGUGGGAGGGGUGUUUAAAAGAGAAAGUGAAAGUUUCCAGUUUCCGGGCACAAGACUGGAGUGGUGAAGCUUAAAAUGAUCAAGGUUUAAGAAGCAGAGCGAAGGAAAAAAAAACUGCCUGUGCAUUUUGGCGGAGGACGUAGGCUAACAAAAAGAAGGAUUUGACAGCUUGCUUUCAUCAGCCAUUAUUCGCCUGGUGCACGGAUUUGGCUUUUUCUUCAAUCAAGGACAUUUCAUCCAAAAUGGUCUUGGUGAGGCUGUUAGUGCUGUUUCUUCUCCAUUCAUAUGUUGUUGGAAUGCAGCCCACCCAAAUUUCACAGCAGGCAUCAAGCCCUCCUCGUCCUUCUGGAGAACAAACUCCUUUAGAGAGAGACAAUCUGUCCUUCCCUUGGAGCCGUUUUCGUCUGCCAAGGUAUAUUAUUCCUCUUCAUUACCACAUCUUGGUGCACCCCAACCUCACUAGUCUCCGUUUCACCGGCUCAGUCACGAUCCAAAUUGACGUCCAGAACAACACAAAUUGGGUUGUGUUACACAGUAAGGGUCUGCAGAUCUCCAAGGCAACCAUUCUGGACAAGAACCUUGCUCAUCUUUCUGACCAGGUUCUACCUUGUCUUCAUAACCUUGCCCAUGAGCAGAUCGGCAUCUUUUCUCCCAGGGUGCUCAGCAGUGGAGAGAAGUACUUCCUAUAUAUUGAGUUUGAGGCGGAAUUGGCAGAGGGCUUCCGGGGUUUCUAUAAAAGCACCUACAGAACCAGUACAGGAGAGAUCAGAACCUUAGCCUCCACUCACUUUGAACCUACAAGCGCACGCAUGGCAUUCCCUUGUUUUGACGAGCCAAGCUUUAAAGCCAACUUCUCAGUGCGGAUCAGACGGAGCUCCGAGUACAUUUCUUUGUCCAACAUGCCGAUCGUAAAAUCAGUUGAAGUGGAUGAUGGCUUGCUGGAGGACCAGUAUGCCGCAAGUGUAAAGAUGAGCACGUACCUUGUAGCUUUUGUCAUUUGUGAUUUUAAAUCUGUUACUGCGACAACAUCAUCUGGAGUGCAGGUGUCCGUCUAUGCUGAUCCGUGGAAAGGGUCUCAGACCCACUAUGCCCUCGAAGCUGCUGUCAAAAUGCUUGACUUCUAUGAGGACUAUUUCAACAUCCAUUAUCCCCUACCCAAAUAUGAUCUGAUCGCCAUCCCAGACUUUGAGUCGGGUGCAAUGGAAAACUGGGGCCUGACCACUUACAGAGAGAGCAGCCUGCUCUUCGACCCCCACUUAUCAUCUGUAUCUGAUAAACUGUGGGUUACCAUGGUGAUUGGGCACGAGCUUGGCCAUCAGUGGUUUGGUAACUUGGUAACGAUGAAUUGGUGGAAUGAUACUUGGCUGAAUGAAGGGUUUGCCAGAUAUAUGGAAUACAUUUCAGUUGAGGCUACCUACCCUGAACUAAAAGUGGAGGAAGAUCAGUUGCGCACAUACUUUGUAGCGGUUGCUCAUGAUUCAUUGAAUUCUUCUCGGCCAAUAUCCAGUCCAGCGGAGAAUCCCACUCAAAUCCAUGAGAUGUUUGACACCGUCUCAUAUGACAAAGGGGCAUGCAUCCUGCACAUGCUGCGACAUUUUCUGGCAGAAGAUGCGUUCCAGAGUGGGCUCAUUCGAUACCUGCGCAAAUUUAGCUACCAAAACGCACAAAACCAAGAUCUGUGGGACAGUCUUGCCAAUAUUUGCUCAGAGGAGGAUUUCAUCUCAGGGCAGCAUUGUUACAGCAGAGAACAGGCCCAUAAAAAUUCAUACAUUUUGGACAGCCAACACUUGGACUUGACAGCCAUAAUGAACACUUGGACCAUGCAGAAAGGUGUUCCUCUGGUCAUCGUCAACAGAGCGGGGCCACGUCUGAUGCUCAGACAGAUCAGGUUCCUGAGGACAGAGCUGCCCUCUGACCCCCUCUGGUCCACAUUGCAACAAGGUUACUUAUGGCAUAUUCCUCUCACAUACAAGACGGAUACUUCCAGCAUCAUCCACAGACACCUCAUGACAACUCACACAGACAGUGUCCACAUAGGAGAGGAGGUCAACUGGGUAAAGGUCAAUGUGGACAUGACUGGCUACUAUGUUGUUCAUUAUGAGGAUGGUGGAUGGGAGGAGAUAACAAAGCUUCUGAGGGAAAACCACACCGCCCUGAGCUACAAAGACAGGACGCACUUGAUACACAAUGCAUUUCAACUGGUCACGGCAGGUUAUCUUCCGCUCAACAAAGCAUUGGAUUUGAUUGGUUAUCUGCAUCUGGAAACGCAUACUGUGCCUCUGCUCCAAGCAUUGGGCUACCUGGAAGCCAUUUACCAUAUGAUUGAGAAACGGAGAGAUGUUGACCUGGUGCAAAAUUUUAGGAUGUACAUUCUGCAGUUUUUUCGUGAUGUCAUUGACCAGCAGACAUGGAGUGAUGAGGGCUCUGUGUCGACUCGACGACUGAGGUCAAAUGUUCUCUCCUUGGCAUGCCAUCUGAACGACCCUUCCUGCCUGGAUGAGGCACACUCGCGUUUCAAAGACUGGCUUCAGUCAAAUGGAGCUCUUAAACUUCCCACUGAUGUGGCCCAAACUGUGUAUGCAGUUGGUGCCCAAGAUCAUCAUGGAUGGGCCUCACUCUUGCACAUGUACAGGACCUCAAGCUCACCGGCACAGAAAGACAAAAUUUUAUUUGCUCUUACUAACAGCAGAAACACAACUAAAUUAUACAGCCUGUUGGACCUGGGUCUGGAAGGUGAGGUUAUACGACCCCAGGACUUGUCCACGCUCAUCUAUAGGGUGGCAGACAACCCUCGGGGACACCACAUUGCAUGGAACUUUGUCAAGAAAAACUGGAGCACGCUGGUUCAGAAAUUUCAAUUGGGCUCAUCUACUAUUCAACACAUCAUCAUAGGUACCACGGGGCAGUUUUCAUACUUGGAGGAAUACACUGAGGUAAAGAUGUUCUUUGAGUCCAUCAGAGAACAUGCAUCCGAGGUCAGAAGUCCUCAAUUUGCACUGGACAACUUGCAGAAAAAUGUUCGCUGGAUGCAGAGGAACUUGGAGACUUUAAAAAACUGUCUGAGUGAGAAAAAAUACUCGUGACAGAAGAAGGACUUAACACUUUUGUUUUAAAUUACACUCUUCAUUUGAGAAUGAAAAAUGUGUUUUUCACAACGAAACAUUUGUACUGACUUAUAUAUGAGGGUGUUUAUGUGGGUGUGUACAUGUCAUGUCACUGUAUAAUUGGCUUAAUACAGAGGAUAUUAGUAUUACAAAAUCAUGUAGCUCAACAUUAUUUUAUCAAAAGACAAUAAAACGCUUAACUGC